GGAGAACGGGAAGCCUUCAGCUGUGCCGUGACUGAAGUCCAAGGACCAUUUCCUCUCUCGCCCUUGGCCUCCCUGUCUCUCUCAGCUCUGUCCCUUCUCACUCUUGCUCUGUCUCCCUGUCCUUCUCCCCUUCCCUCUGUCCCUCAUCUCUUCUGUCUGGGAGGAGGACAAAAGGGCUCAGGGAUUCUGAGGGCACGGCAAAGGGCUGCAGCCCAGCAGGCCCAGCCACAUCUCGUGGAUGGCCGGCAGUGUGGCCCUGGCCUCGGCAUACACAACCGUCUCCAUCUUCCUGGUGCUGCUGGUGUGUGUGGUGGGCAUUGUGGGCAACACCAUGGUGGUCCUGGUGGUGAUGACCGCGCGGGACAUGCGCACACCCACCAACUGCUACCUGGUCAGCCUGGCCCUGGCUGACCUCGUGGUGCUGGUGGCCGCGGGGCUGCCCAAUGUGUCUUACAGUCUGGCGGGCCGGUGGGUGUACGGCCGUGCCGGCUGCCUGGGCAUCACCUACCUGCAGUACCUGGGCAUCAACGUUUCCUCCUGCUCCAUCCUGGCCUUUACCGUGGAGAGGUACAUCGCCAUCUGCCACCCGAUGCGGGCGCAGGCCAUGUGCACUGUUGCCCGGGCCAAACGCAUCGUGGCGGGUGUCUGGGGCCUCACGGCCAUCUACUGCCUGCUCUGGCCCUUCCUGGUGGACGUCCACAUGGGUGAAAGCCGGACCCUGGAGUGUGGAUACAAGGUGUCGCGCAGCCUUUACCUGCCCAUCUACCUGUUGGACUUCGCCGUCUUCUUUGUCACACCCCUGCUGGUGGCUGCGGUCCUCUAUGCGAGAAUUGGGAAACUCUUGUUCCGGAGCACCCUGUCCCACCUGCCCAGCCCAGAGGGCAACGAGGAGGGGCAGCCCACCCAGGACCAGGGAGUGACCAGCAGGUGCCCCCAGCCAAAAGGUGUCCUGUCUUCCCGGAAGCUGGUGACCCGGAUGCUGGUGGUGGUGGUGGUGCUCUUUGCCGUCCUGUGGACCCCCUACCGCACGCUCGUGCUGGUCAACUCGCUCGUGGCUCGGCCCCUGCUGGACCCCUGGCUGCUGCUCUUCUGCCGCACCUGCGUCUACGCCAACAGCGCCAUCAACCCCGUGGUGUACAGCCUCCUGUCGCGGAAGUUCCGGGCGGCUUUCGGGCGGCUGUGCCGCUGCGGCCCGCGGGGGCCCCGGGGCAGACCCCGCCGGGCGGCCGCACCGCCGGGCCCCCUCCCCAGCAGCGGGAGCCGCGGCAGCCCGGUCUGA